CCCGGCCCCGGCUCGGCCCCAGGGCACCCACCGGCGCCCCCGGCCCCCAGGGCGGCGUCCCCCGAGCCAGGAUGGACAGAAUGACGGAAGAUGCUCUGCGCCUGAACCUCUUGAAACGGAGCUUGGACCAAGCAGAUGAUCGGGAUGAUGUCCUGGCAAAGAGAUUGAAAAUGGAAGGACAUGAGGCGAUGGAGCGCCUGAAGAUGCUGGCACUGCUGAAGAGGAAAGACCUCUCGGGCAUUGAGGUGCCCCACGAGCUCCCGGUGAAACAGGAUGGUGUGAAAGUCUAUGAAGAAAAGCUGAAUGGGAGCCUUAGGCCCCAUGGGGAUGGCAGGACUGCAGGGAGGCCAGGGAAGGAAAACAUUAACGAUGAGCCGGUGGAUAUGAGCGCAAGGAGAAGUGACCAGGACAGGGGACGAUUAACCCCUUCGCCAGAUAUAAUUGUCCUCUCUGAUAAUGAGGCAUCCAGUCCCCGUUCCAGCUCUCGUAUGGAAGAAAGACUUAAGGCAGCAAAUCUUGAAAUGUUUAAGGGUAAAAGCAUAGAGGAGCGACAGCAGCUGAUCAAGCAGCUUCGGGAUGAGCUACGGCUGGAGGAGGCCAGGCUUGUGUUGCUGAAGAAACUGAGGCAAAGUCAGCUGCAAAAGGAGAACGUGGUACAGAAGACUCCAGUUGUCCAGAAUGCGGCGUCUAUUGUCCAGCCAUCUCCUGCUCACGUGGGACAGCAGGGACUGUCCAAGCUUCCCUCCAGGCCUGGAGCUCAGGGGGUUGAGCCUCAGAACUUAAGGACAUUACAGGGUCACAGUGUCAUUAGGUCUGCCACAAAUACGACUCUGCCCCAUAUGCUUAUGUCACAGCGUGUGAUUGCUCCGAACCCUGCCCAGUUACAAGGGCAGCGGGUUCCUCCUAAACCUGGCCUCAUCCGCACUACAACUCCAAGCAUGAAUCCAGCCAUCAACUACCAACCGCAAUCAAGUUCUUCUGUUCCUUGCCAGCGUACGUCGUCUUCAGCCAUCUAUAUGAACCUUGCCUCUCACAUCCAGCCUGGCACUGUGAACAGGGUGUCGUCUCCGCUCCCCAGCCCCAGUGCUCUGAACGACGCCGCCAACUCCCAGGCGGCUGCCAAGCUUGCCCUCCGCAAGCAGCUGGAAAAGACGCUGCUGGAGAUCCCACCCCCGAAGCCGCCCGCUCCCCUGCUGCAUUUCUUGCCCAGCGCAGCCAACAGCGAGUUCAUCUACAUGGUGGGGCUGGAGGAGGUGGUGCAGAGCGUUAUCGACAGUCAAGGGAAAAGCUGCGCGUCCCUCCUGCGUGUGGAGCCCUUUGUCUGUGCCCAGUGCCGCACUGACUUCACCCCUCACUGGAAGCAGGAGAAAAACGGGAAGAUCCUGUGCGAGCAGUGCAUGACUUCUAAUCAGAAGAAGGCGCUGAAGGCAGAGCACACCAACCGACUGAAGAACGCCUUCGUGAAAGCUUUGCAGCAGGAGCAGGAGAUCGAGCAGAGGCUACAGCAGCAGGCAGCCUUGUCCCCCACCGCAGCUCCUGCCGUCUCCAGUGUCAGCAAACAGGAGAACAUCAUGCGGCACCACACGCUCCGGCAGGCUCCGCAGCCCCAGAGCACUUUGCAGCGUGGCAUCCCCACCUCUGCCCGCUCCAUGCUUUCCAACUUUGCGCAGGCACCCCAGUUGUCCGUGGCGGGCGGUCUCCUCGGCAUGCCAGGUGUUAACAUCGCUUACCUGAAUGCUGGGAUCGGAGGCCACAAAGCGUCGAGUUUGGCGGACCGGCAGCGGGAAUACCUUUUGGAUAUGAUCCCACCCCGCUCUAUAUCGCAGUCCAUCAGCGGACAGAAAUAACGCCUAUUGACCGUCCCCCGUCCCCCCCCCCUUCCUCCCCACUUCCGUCGCAUGCAGUGCCUGUACUGGUGCCUACCGUACACGGGGAAAAAAAAAAAAGACAAAAAAAAAGAAACAAAAAACAAACAAACAAGUGAGGAAAAAAAAAAAAAGAAAAAAAACAAACAAAAAAACCCCAUUUCAAACCUUCAGCGACCUGUCCUUUUUCCAAACCUUAACUUCUUUGGUUUUCUAUAGCAGUGAGAGGUCACUUCCUUUGCCCGAGGUCAGAACAAUGUCUGCUUGAAAUCAGCACUCUACAUGUGUUAAAGCUUGUUUUAUGCUAUUUUUUGUAAUGACAAAGCAUAGAAUUUUUAAUUGUGUUGUGGUUUUUUGUUUUUUGGUUUUUUUUUUUUCUUUUUUCUUUUUUUCCCUCCCUCCCCCCCCUGCCCCUCCUUUGCUACGUGGAUGGUUCCAACUUUUUUUUCCUUUCCAGAGACUUUGUAAGGGCAUCCACUCGACAUUUAAGUGACCAUUAUUUUUUUUAAAGGGCAGCCUAUGCUGACUCACGGGGAAACGGGGGCAAAGAGAUGCGAUGGGCUGGAGCCCGGACCGCCGUCCGUGGUAGGGUGCUACGAUUCCCUUGGCUCGGCGGAAGAAGUCAGGAGAUGCCGAUCCCGACACCUUAGCUCCCGUCUUUCUCUCUCUCUCUCUCUCCCCGGAGGAAGGGAGCCCGGUUUGGUGAGGAACCGGUGCCCGUCGGCACCGGUGUGCGGGCAUCGGUGCCGGCGGGGUCGAUGGACGGUGCUGGCAACCCCCUUGACCGACCCGAGGAGCCCGGCGGGGCGCAGAGGGGUGUCGAUACCACCCGGCGAGCCCCCGACGCGGCGGGCGGGCGGCUGCCGUGGUGCGUGCCGUCGGCGGCGCUUCUCGGCGGGCUCUUAGAGCAGAUCUGCGAACGACCGGUGGCCUCGGGCGCGGUGAGUCCCCCUCCUCUCCCCUCCGUGCUCUUUGCAUGCUCCGGAGCCGCUCUCGCUCGUCGUCGCCCGCUGCCGACCCUCGCGGACGAUGGGGACGGCACCGCGGUCCCCGCGCGGCACCCGGGCUCCGGCCGGCGGUUUAACGAACCCAAAGCAAGAAAUACGCCGCGAAAAGUUGUCCGAGAAACGCUCUAUUUGCACUUAACCUUCACACUAACAGGCCCUCUCCUCCUCUUCCUCCUCCUCCUCCUCCUCCUCCCUCCGCAGACAGCGACCCUAGCCAGUGGAAAUCGCGCCCCGGUUGCCGGAGAGACCCCGGCAGAGCCGUGCCCCCCCCCAAUCCCCUCCCUCCGC